AUGGGUCGCCUAGGCAACGUCCUCUUUCAGUACUCUUCCUUACUGGGGCUUGCCCACGCCAACAACAUGAGCUUCUACUUGAACGACAAGUUGGGAAUACUCCAGGAAAUACUCCUCAACCCCCCUGUCUACGAGAACGAGGUCCUUUUCCGGUCACACUGUCGUAGCACUGUCAUCAUCCGCAACGAGAAGGAUUGCGCUUUUGACAGCCGGCUGAUGUACCUCAAUCAGCUACUGGACGUCAGUGUCAACGGCUACUUGCAAUCGUGGAAGUACUUCAGAAGUGUCGAACAGGAAGUGAGAUUAGCUCUACGGUUCAAAGACUGGAUCCUGCUCAAGGCCGAGCGCUUCGUGCAGGGUGUGAGGCGGAAGCUACCCGGCAGGACACUGGUCGGGGUACACGUGCGCAGAACGGACCACAACGAACCCGAGGUCGGACGGAUGGCAGCCUCCGCCGAGUACCUCCAUAACAGUAUGACGUACUUCCGGCGCAGGUUCUCGCCCCUGACGUUCGUUCUGGCCAGCGACGACCUGGACUGGUGUCGCAACAGUCUUCGCACGCAGAACAACUCUAGUGACGUCAUCUUUCUCAACAUGCACGAGCCAGCCGUCGAUAUGCAGAUUUUGGGCUUGAUGGACCACAUGAUCAUUACUGUGGGGACAUUUGGGUGGUGGGCGGGCUUUUUUUCAACAGCGGGUUGA